CCCGCCGCCGCCCGCCGCCGCCGUCUGAUGAGCCGCGGCCCCGCCGAACCGGGCAGCCGCCGCCCCGCCGCCCCGCCGCUCCCCGCCGCCCGCCACCGCCAUGUACCUGCACCCGGAGGCUGCCAGCGCAGGGGCUCCCUCCCGCGAUGUCCUCCUCGUCUCAGCCAUCAUCACCGUCAGCCUUAGCGUCACCAUCGUCCUCUGCGGGAUCUGCCAGUGGUGCCAGCGCAAAAUGGGUAAGCGUUACAAGACUUCCCUGGAGACUGUGGGAACCCCGGACUCCAGCCGAGGCCGCAGUGAAAAGAAAACCAUCAACGAUCUAGACAGAGACUUUUGGAAUAACAAUGACAACACAGUGCAGCAGAAAUGGAGCUCCUACCCUCCCAAGGAGUUUAUACUAAACAUUUCACCUUACGCCCCGUACGGUGAUCCGCGGCUUUCCCUCAAUGGCUCUCUGUUAUCAGGGGCCAAGCUGACGGCGUCGGCCGCCGCCGGGUUGGCGGGGGACCGCGACGGCCGCCCCGGGGAGAAGCAGCGGCUCGGCGAGGACGGCAUGAGGAGCAGCGUCUCUGCCCACAGCGAGCCCGGCGCGGGGAAAGCGGCGCGUGGCCGCUGGCACACGGUGCAGAGCCACUUGGCCGCAGGGAAGCUCAGCCUGUCCAAUUUCGAGGACUCCACCUUGUCCACAGCCACUACCCUUGAGUAUAUCCCCACCUCAGCAGGCGACCCCAAAUGCCAGAGGCCCCGCACGCUCAUGCGCCAGCAAAGUCUGCAGCAGCCCCUCAGCCAGCACCAACGCGCCAACCACAGCCAGCCCACCACCAGCCAGAGCCUGGGCCACCUCCAGGCCCACAGCGGCUCCUCCGCCGGCGCCGGCAACCCCCGGGGCUCCCGCGGCGGCCAGGCGCGCCAGGGCAUCGCCGCCGGCUCCAAGCAUCGGACGGCUGGCGGCCGGAGCCGCUCCAAUCCCGGCAGCUGGGACCACGUGGUGGGGCAAAUCCGCAACCGCGGCUUGGACAUGAAGUCCUUCCUGGAAGGCCGGAUGGUGGUGUUAUCCCUGGUUUUGGGACUCUCAGAGCAAGAUGACUUUGCCAAUAUCCCCGACCUGCAACCCGCUGGGACGCAGCCGAACCAGCCGAACGCUCAGGGGGACAAGAGGUUGCCGGCCGGUGGCAAGGCGGUGAACACGGCGCCGGUGCCUGGGCAGCCACCGCAGGAUGAGUCCGACCGCAAGACGGAGCCGCACUCCUCCGUCUCCGACCUGGUCAACUCCCUGACCAGCGAGAUGCUCAUGCUCUCCCCAGGCUCCGAGGAUGACGAGGGACACGAAGGCGUCAGCCGGGAGAACCUGGGCCGCAUCCAGUUCAGCGUCGGCUACAACUUCCAGGAGUCCACCCUGACUGUCAAGAUCAUGAAGGCGCAGGAGCUGCCGGCCAAGGACUUCAGCGGCACCAGCGACCCCUUUGUCAAGAUCUACCUGCUCCCCGACAAGAAGCACAAGCUGGAGACCAAGGUGAAGCGGAAGAACCUCAACCCGCACUGGAACGAGACCUUCCUCUUUGAAGGGUUCCCCUACGAGAAGGUGGUGCAGCGGGUGCUGUACCUCCAGGUCCUGGACUACGACCGCUUCAGCCGCAACGACCCCAUCGGGGAGGUGUCCAUCCCCCUCAACAAGGUGGACCUCACCCAGAUGCAGACCUUCUGGAAGGACCUGAAGCCGUGCAGUGACGGCAGCGGAAGCCGCGGGGAGCUGCUGCUGUCGCUCUGCUACAACCCCUCCGCCAACUCCAUCGUGGUGAACAUCAUCAAAGCGCGUAACCUCAAAGCCAUGGACAUCGGGGGCACGUCAGACCCCUACGUGAAGGUGUGGCUGAUGUACAAGGACAAGCGGGUGGAGAAGAAGAAGACAGUGGUCAUGAAGCGGUGCCUGAACCCCGUCUUCAACGAGUCCUUCGCCUUCGACAUCCCCACGGAGCGGCUGCGCGAGACGACCAUCGUCAUCACCGUCAUGGACAAGGACAGGCUGAGCCGCAACGAUGUCAUCGGCAAGAUCUACCUGUCCUGGAAGAGCGGCCCCGGGGAGGUGAAGCACUGGAAGGACAUGAUCGCCCGUCCCCGGCAGGCGGUGGCACAGUGGCACCAGCUGAAGGCCUGAGCGCCCCAGGACUGCGGGGCCGGGGGGGUGUCCCCGCCUUUCCCAGCCCCCCCCGCCCUCCCUUCACCCCUUCACCCCUCUGCGAGGAGCCGAGGGACCGGCGGGACGGCAGAGCCCGGCUGGCGGGGACCCUGCGGUAGGAGGGGGGACGGAAUCCUCCCCCUGGGACCCCCCUUUCGCCUCUCCCCGGUGCUGGGAUGUGGGGGGCACGGGACCCCCCCAGCCGAGAAGGGGUGCCAGAAGCGACGACCGCCCCCCCGUCCCCAUCCCCGUCCCCCGUCCCUCGUCCCCGCCACCGGGCAGGACUUCUGCGAGUGCUUCCAGCCCCAGCCCCUGGGAGCCCCUCUGCCCCUCCGCGGCCUCACCCCCCUCCCCAUUUCAAGGGGGUCAGGCUGUGGGUCUGAGAGGGCCCCCCCCCGUCCCCUCCCCUUUCAGCUCAAUAAAACCUCUCCGAGCCAUCAGCGUCGCCCAAGUGGGGCCACGGAGCGCCCCCCCCCCCAAUGCCCUGCCUUGUCCCCACCGCCCUCCCCUGAGCACCCCCGCCCCCCCCCCGGCCACGCUGGGCUGGUAUGGGGUGGGGGGCACCCAGGGAGGAAGCGGGGGGCUCCUGGGAUCGGAAGCCAUGACACAGUUCGUUAGCCAAAGCGGGCUCGUUUGUGCACUACCUUCAGCCGGGUUCGAUGCUUUACCUCCGUCUUGGGGCUGGGUGGGAGCGGGAGCUCCAUAACCCCCAUCCUGGGGGUCACCCCCCCUAUGCGGGGACCCACCCCCCCACCCCCCCAAUCCUGCCCCCACCCCAGCUUUUCCCCCCCAGUUACCCCAACCCUGGGCACGUUCCCCUCGGGCUGGGCAGGGGACUGUCCCCAAGCCAGGCGGUGGCCGCUCCGGGGGGAUGCUGGGCCCCAUAGCGUGCCCCCCCACUCCAGGACCCCCAUGAGCCCCCCCCGUGCCCAGUGCUGGGGUCCCUGGGGGACAAGGGAUGGAGCCAGCGCCAUUGUCCCCAUCCUGGGCAGGUGGCAUCCCCUGGCAGGAGCGGUGCCAGCAUCGGGAUGGGACACGCCGGACCCCUGCCCUCUCCCUGGGGGGACGGGGGCUCCCCAAAAUGGGGACAGACCCACCCGGGAGCCCCUGGGGGGGGGGGUGAGGGAUGGCAAACCCCUCCCGGAGGAGGGGGAGAGGUGGGUGCUGCCACCUCCGCAGCCGUCCCAGGUAGGGCACGGCCACCCGUGGGUGAGGGGACACCCGGAGCGAGCCCGAAGGGAAGGGGGUGCCCACCGGCACGGAGCCACCCCACCUGGCCGGGGGAGGAGGGGGGGCGUGUCCCCCCCAUCCUCAGUCUUCCUGCUCCCCACCGUGGCACCCACCACCCUUCUUCGCCCCUCCGGCACCCACGGGGAGGACACCGACACCCCGCUGCAGGGUGCCACCAAGCUGCAGGCCCCGGGUGCCACCGAGGCCCCUUUUUGGGGGGGGGUGGGGAGCUGUGUACAGCCGGGAGCCUGGUUUUAGCGGGAGUAUUUCACCGCGUCACCCCGUUGUCCCCGUGCCACAGCGUGUCCCGGCGCACCCCACGGCAGGGACGUCUCCGCCAGCAUUAAUGCCACCCCACCCGGCUGCGUGGUGGGGUGUAUGUGGGGGGGGGGACUGUGUGUGUGUGGGGACACACACACACACACCCCCCCAUGUGAGCCCCCAAGGUGCUCCAUGGGGUUUCUCCACUGCACGGGGCGGGGGAUCCUGCGCUAGAACAUCCCCCCACCCCCCAAAAAAAUGUCCCCGAGGUGGCUGGUUGCCUGUUCCUUCUCCUGCCGAGGGGGACAUCCCUGCCACCGCGGGGACGGGGUUGGCGGGGGCGGGGGGACAAGCCGCCUGGGGACACGGUGGGUGGCAGCGGGACCGUCCCGUGGCUGCAGCCGGGAAGGGUUCGGCAGCCCCCCCCACCCCCCCCACCCCCCCCCGAGUCCCUCUUUAGACAAUUUUGGACAAUCUGGAGAGAAGUCAUACUACUGCUACUACAGUAAUAAUAACGCUUUUAGGGACAUUUGUAUUUUUAUCAUAUUCUCUCUCUCUCUCUCUUUUUUUUUUUUCUUUUUUUUUUUUUAAUUAAACAUAAAAGAAGAGAUUUACACGCCUGGGGAAGGGGGCCGCAGCCCAGGAGGGGUGGCAGGGUCAGGGCACCCCCCCCCGCCCCCCCCCAAGGCUGGGCACCCUGGGUAGGGGGGGGGUCGGGGGCUGUGCCAAGCUGGGUGCCCACCCAUCGCCCUUCGGGCACCCCGGCUCCUCCGGGAUGGCUUUCGUGGUCGGCUUCCCACCCCCCCUAACCCCGGGUGGGGUGUGUUGGGGGGGGGGGGCUUGUGUGUUCAUUUUUAACUCUAGAGCUCUUAGCCGUUAUCUUGUUCAGGUAUCUCUCUUCUUCACGUGACGGUAACAUCCAACCGGUGUGUAAAAUACGGGAGAAAAAAAAAAACAAACAACAACAACAAAAAAAAAAAACCCACAACGACAACGACAACAAAAAGACACACACACACACAAAAAAAAAAAAAAAAAAAAGAAAAAAAAUUUUAAAAAAGGCAAAAAAAUGAAAAAAUAAAGACAAACGCACGCCCAGACCGGCUGACAAAGCGGCUGGAGCGAGGGGAUGCCCGGCUGGCGAUGCCACCCCGCUGCCGGUGGCUUUGCUGCAGAGGUUGGGGGGGGGUGGGUGGCUGCCCCCCUUUUCUAAGGGCAGCAGAGGCUGGGGACA